UGUACAAAGUUUAUUGUGUCUGGAUUAAUCUACAAGGCAAAAGAUGUUGAAGUUCACAACUAAUCUUGUGAGAGGUGUGCAGAGGAAGAUUAGCAAGAAAAGGCUCAAGAAUGAGAUGGAACCAUUAGCAGCAGAGAAUGAAGACACAGCUAGUCAGAAAGGAUAUGGGACAUACAAUGACAUCAUCAGCCCUAUGUCAGAAGAGCAAGGGGAAAAGGAGAAUGAAGAGCCAGCCAAGAAGAGUGUCCAGAAUACAGACCUGGAUUCCAUAGAAGGCAUGAAGUCUUCACAAACUGUAGUCAGUGGGAUGAAUGGAGAAGCACAGAAGCCUAAGCUCUCACGACCAACUGAACUGAAUGUGUCCAGCGAUGAUAUCGAUUACAGUAUUAAUGCCAUCCAUCGACCAAAAACGUCAUUCAUCAAAAGAGAAAGGAAACAGGUUCCCCCCAUAGUGAUAACAUCUAAUUCUCAGAGUCCAGUGCUAGGUUCCCCAGAUUCUGAUGGUGAUAUUCUGGGCUUCAUCGACCAUACUCCUGAUCCUCUUCCAGAUUCUACAGACUAUGCAAGAACGCAUACAUACUCAAAGGUCUUCCACAUCACAAAGUACUCCGAGCUCAUGCCUGGGGUCUUCAUUCCAGAGCAGCCAGUGCAUUUGAACAUCAGAAAUGUCCAACCAUCACACUCCCAUAUCAACAUCUUCAAUAAUCAUGUCUUAGUUAUAGAAUUGGAACAUGGAGAUUUUAAGUGGUCUGUUCAGAGGAAGGUGAAGAAUGUCACAUCGCUCAAUAACAUGCUGUUCCUUCUACGAACAAAGCUAAAACUACCAGCUGCAACAAGAGGAGCUAGGCAGCGGAGAUUGAGCAUGCGAGUACAGAUGAAGGAGGCAGAUAGAGAGGGUGAUGCUGUUGAGAACGUUGGUACAAUCAACAGAAAGGGAUUACUCAAGUAUCCCCGGCGGGCACUUCAAACCAUGGACAGCACUGCGCAGUCAGAGUUGGAGGUGUACCUCAAGAAUCUGAUGCACCAUUCAUUGUUCCGCAGCCACCAAGCAGUCCUUGAAUUUUUUGAGAUUUCCCCAGUGUCCUUCGUUAGUGAACUUGGCCAGAAGAUCAAGGAAGGAUAUGUUAAGAAAAGAAUUGGGGGCUAUAAUGGAGGAUGCUGUAGGUGGUGCACAAGUCCAUGCACAGGAAAGUACAAGCAACGUUGGCUUGUCCUGAAAGAGACCUGCCUUUUCUUUCUGGCUCCAGAGACUGGGGAAGUGAGAGCUGUGAUGUUAAUGGAUACAGGUUUCCAAGUCUCACGUGGUUACAGGCUCUUAGGAGUGCGUAAUGGUCUCCUGAUCUCAAAUCUGUCAAGGUCAUUAGUUCUAAAAUGUGACUCAGAAUUCAGCAAAAAGGAAUGGUAUGCUCACAUUACAAACACACAGCGUAAAUAUGGUACAGAUUUUACUAGUCAAGACACAAGGUACAAUGCUUUUGCGCCUGUUCGAAGUAAUUCAUAUGCAUGCUGGUAUGUAGAUGGUGCACGUUAUAUGUGGGACGUUGCUGACAUCCUUGAGUCUGCAAAGGAAGAGAUUUUCAUCACAGAUUGGUGGAUGAGUCCUGAGAUUUAUCUCAAACGUCCAGACCUGACGGGAAACCAGUGGAGACUGGCAGAAGUACUGAAACGUCAGGCAGAACGUGGAGUAAGGAUCUUCAUCCUCUUGUACAAAGAAGUUGAGUUGGCUCUGGGAAUCAGUUCCAUCCUCACCAAGGCAACAAUCAGCAGUUUGCACCCUAACAUAAAGGUUUUACGUCACCCAGAUCACUAUGCAGGAGGGGUGCUGUAUUGGGCCCACCAUGAGAAGAUGGUUAUUGUGGACCAGAUGUAUGCGUUCAUUAGUGGCAUUGAUCUGGCAUUUGGUCGAUGGGAUGACUACAGGCACAAACUUGUUGAUGUUGGUCAUGCUGGUGUUCAGAUGUCCUCCCGACCAACAGCAUUGGGGUCGGCAUUGCAGCAGCUUGUGCGAGGGACAAAUGAUGUGUUGGUCAAUACAAUGACACAAUCAACACCUAGUAGCCGAAGGACUUCUCUGGAUGCUUCUUUUUCUCUUGACCAAACCCAAAGUACUACUGCAAGCUCUCUUUUCCUUAAUCCCAGUGAUUGUUCACCGAGUGUGCCAAGGUCAGGGACUACAGAUAAUGAAACCAACACACUAAGCCAAGCCAACAGUCCAGUAAAGGAUACAAUGACAGUUACCUUUGUCACAGGAAAUGAACUUGAUGGUGAAUGGAACAAGUCUCUCGAAACUGAAAAAGAUUCGGGGAAUGAAUCCAACACUGGCAGAUCAAUAACCCUUGAGAAAAAAGUAGAGAACAUACCCCUACAGUCACCGGAUAGAAACAAGCAUCACAAAAGAGGAGGCAGUGAUGGAACUGCAGAUGGAGAAACCCUCUCCACCAGCGAGGGGGAGUACAGCACAGGCAAAAUGGGGAGAAGUAUAAGGGAAGUGAAGAGAAUGGGGCUUGACUUGGUGGAAGAAGUGAAGGAGAAAGGAAGAGGGGUGCGUGCUUGGACGGCAAACAAAAUUCCACAGCUGCAGCGGAAAAACCUUUCUGAUUUGGAAAAUACUGACAGCUCUUCAUCUAGUGAUGGAGAGAAUGAAGAACCAAAGAAAAGUUUCUACAAACGUCACCGUCACAGACUAGGCUACAAGAACAGACUGGGCAGUUGUUCAUCUUUAGCCCAGGCAAACAGUGCUCUUACUGUAGAAGACACAACAUCUGUUCAUCUUUGGGUUGGUAAAGAUUAUGUCAAUUGGAUAAGCAAAGACUUGAAUAAUCUGGAUAAACCAUUUCAAGAUAUUGUUGAUAGGCAUCAGACACCACGCAUGCCUUGGCAUGACAUAGGUCUCUUUGUGGAGGGACCUGCCGCUCGAGAUGCUGCUAGGCACUUUAUUCAGAGGUGGAAUGCUGUGAAAACAGAGAAGGCAAAGCCAAAUAGGAAGUACCCUUACCUCCUUCCAAGAACCUAUGAUAAAAAAUCAUUCAAACGAUCCAAGCUUCAAAGAAAACAUAAAGUCAGCGCUCAGGUUUUGCGCAGUGUUGGGAAAUGGAGUGCUGGGCUGGAAGAAGAAGAGGCUAGCAUUGCUACUGCUUAUGCCAGCCUUAUUCGGAAUGCAAAACAUUACAUUUACAUAGAAAAUCAGUUUUUCAUUACGUGUGCAAGCAGUAGUGGCUCAAGAGAUGUGUCAAAUUAUAUUGGACAUGAAAUUGUGGAAAGAAUUGUCCAAGCUCACAGCAAUAACGAGGUUUUCAGGGUGUUUGUCCUGCUUCCACUUUUGCCUGCUUUUGAAGGCAUGAUUGGCAAGUCAAGUGGUGUAGCUAUGCAGUAUAUUGUGUAUUGGAACUAUGUCAGCAUCUCAAGAGGAAGGAACAGCUUGAUUCACUGCCUGAAGGAAAGAGGAGUCAAUGACUGGGAGAAAUAUAUAUCAUUCUGUUCCCUGCGGACACAUGAGUGCCUGGAGGGUCGACUUGUCUCAGAACUUAUAUACAUCCAUUCAAAGCUGAUGAUUGUGGACGACCGCUUUGUCAUUGCUGGUUCAGCUAAUAUCAAUGACCGAAGUCUGAAGGGAAACAGGGACUCUGAAGUGUGUCUGGUCUUGGAGGACCAUGAGUUUGAGAAAGGCAUCAUGAACGGACAGAGCUACCAGUGUGGAAUUUUUGCCGGAAGCAUGAGGAAGUACCUCUUCAGUGAACAUCUUGGCAUUGCAGAUGAUGAGUCACCUCUCAUAGAUGUCACAGACCCUGUUUCAGAUUCCUUCUUUAUCAACAUUUGGUGUAACAUAGCAAAGAAAAACACACUUAUAUAUGAGGAGGUCUUUUCAUGUUAUCCCUGUAAUAGCGCCACUACUUUUGAAGAAGUAGACAGAUUGCGCAACUCAACUUCAAAAGCAGAGAUGAAUCCUUCUGAAGCUCUUGUGAAAGUGAAGGAAAUCCAGGGACACCUGGUAUGCUUUCCCUUAGAUUUCCUGAAAGAUGAGACACUAAAACCAGGUCUAGGUAAUAAAGAGUAUCUUUUGCCCAUGGAAACCUGGACGUAGGUUUGAAUGUUAACAAGAUAAAUGAUAUUAUCUAAAGGAUUCUGACUUUGUUGUCAAUAAUAGAAAUAUAUUACUUUUUACAUUUCUGAUAAGAUAAAGUGAGUGGCACAAGAUCUUUGAUAUAGCAUUGUUAUCUGCCAUUUACAUUUGUGAUACAGAUUUUCUUUAGUAUAGUACUGUUUUCUGCCAUUUACAUGUAUGAUUCAGUUCUUUUGCAUGUUUAUGUGAAUUUAAUUAUUUAUGAAUUGACUGGUUCAAUGAAAAUGUUUUAGCAUUAUUGAUAUAAAGGCAGUCUAGUAAGUAUGUGAUUAUAGUUUAUUGAAACUUGUAUAUUGGAUUUGAAUAUUUAGAAAAGUCCAGUGAUUUAUAUUAAAAUUAUAUGUGUAUUUUUUAAAAUGUUUCUAUUUUUAUAUG